GGUCGGUGAGCGCGAGCCCUCUCCAUCCUCUCCUAAAGCCCUUUACUUUGCGCAUGUACAGCUAAACUGAACAUUUCAUCGACUCCAAGAUGGCGUUAACACCACUGGCUUGCGUUCUGCUUCUCCUUUCCAUGCAAUGCUACAUUAGCACCUUGGCAGUCAUCCUCAAGACGAUAAAUGCUAAACCGUGGGUCAAUGAGUUUGAAUCUAUCGAGCUGUCCUGCCUGAUAGAGUCAAUCUCCACUAUUAAUCCCAGAAUAGAAUGGAAGAAGAUUAAGAAGGGAGAGCCAAGUUAUGUAUAUUUUGAAAAAGAAAUAGCAGGUGACUUGGAAAAAAGAGCGAAAAUUCGAGAACCUGCGACUUUAGUCAUUCUCAACGCAACAAGAGCCGACUCUGCUGAUUACCGCUGUGAAGUUACUGCCCCAAACGACCAGAAAUCCUUUGAUGAGAUUUUGAUAUCACUCACUGUAAGAGUCAAGCCCGUCGUGCCCAGAUGCUCCGUACCCAAGUCCGUCCCGGUAGGCAAACCCGCAGAGCUGCAUUGCUCGGAGGACGAGGGCUACCCAAAGUCCCAGUACCAGUGGUUCCGCAACAAGGAGGAAAUCCCGGAGGAUCCCAAGAGCAGCCCAAAGUUCUUCAACUCCACCUACACCCUGAGCGGAGAGAUGGGCACUCUGAAAUUCAGUGCGGUCAGGAAGGAGGACGCUGGAGAAUACUACUGCAGAGCCAGGAAUGAGGCUGGGUUCUCCGAAUGUGGACCGCAGAUGAUGGAAGUUUAUGACAUCAACAUUGCUGGAAUCAUCCUUGGCGUAGUGGUUGUGGUGACGGUCCUUCUGUGUAUAACAGUGGGCAUCUUCUGUGCCUAUAAACGAGGCUACUUCACCAGCCAGAAGCAGACGGGAAACAAUUACAAAGCUCCAGCGAAAGGAGAUGGAGUGGACUAUGUCAGAACAGAGGAUGAGGGGGAUUUCCGACACAAAUCCUCGUUUGUCAUCUGAGAGGAGGAAGACGGGAGAUGGAAGAGAUGUGGAAUUACGUUGAAAGUUAUUGGCGCUAUUAUACCUCGCAGACAUAAAUCUCCAAAUGAGGACAUCGACGUCGGAGCUGCCAUUGCAUGUGCCUCGCUUUACGGCACGUCUGCGACAACACAAUUUGUAUUUGCCAAAGGUGACAAAUAAUCAUAUCUGAUCACUGUUUAAAGACACUAGAUGUUACUUGUUUCUUUAAUUCAACUUUUUCAGCCCCUUUUUACUAAAAUUAGAACCCGAUAUACAGCAAGAAAACGUUUUCCUCGAAUCUUCUGUCAUUUUUAAAACAUUUAUUUUGUACUAGGUAAAUUUGUCAGACUAUUUUUGAUGGAGUAUAUUUUAAAAUGCCUACAGAAAAAAAAAAAACAGUUUUACUUUUUUAAAUAUUUGUAAAAUACUUACCUGGAAGCCAGUACAUUUUUUUUUUUUUUUUAUUAUUUGGUUGUGAAAGAAACCAUUUCCACCAACUUCCCAUCUUGUUUCAGUCAUUCAACAAACAAAUAAUGUACCAGACCACUCAAUGUGUGGAUGUUUUAUUUUACAUUCAGAUUUCAAAUCCUUUCAAUUGUACAUCCAGCGACACUGGCUUCAAUCAAAGGUCUUAUGUAUUUACUAUACUGCUGGGAUUUCAUGUUAAUAGUGAAAGGACGUUCCAUGUUCAUGUUUGUAGAUAGUCUUAGACAGUGAGUAUCUUCAGAAAAACACCAGCAAAAAAGCUGGAGAAUAUUUUGAAAGACCAGUGCUGCGUAUCCUUGAUUUUAAGUGUCCUUCUAUGCUAGCUGUUUAUCUUGUAUAUAGUGAAUAUACUGUCUAGGUUGUUUAUUAUUUUUUUUUAUUGUUAUUUUUUCUUCUUCUCAUUCUCUCUCUCUACAUCUUUUCUUUUUCUUAUUUGAGUGAGAAACACUCUCCAUGUUACUUUUUAAUAUUACAGGGUUUGUUUGUUGGCUAACUGUACUGGUUGUAUAUAGAUCCACUACACUGUGCAUAAGACGUUUCUGGUUUAACCAAACGUUGAAUGAGGCAAAUAUGACACUCUUUCCAUGGAAAAAUGAAUUGGUCAUGGUAGAGAGGGGAUCUGCCUUAUUAAAUACAUAAAAAAACAACAACAUGGAACCAUGUAAACUUACAUUUUCUUCAAUAGCAAUGAUUAUGGAUAAAUUUGGACUAUUCACACAUACUUUUGAAGACUUUAAAGAGUACAAUCCACUGAAACUAAAUGCUAUUGAUUAUAUUUUAUGUGUAAAACCAUUUUUUAUUCUCCCAUGUUCUCAGAAAACUUCUGAAGCUAACUUCUGAAGAGAAUCAUAAAUCAUUCCUCUUAAGUGCCUUCCUCUGUAGACAGUGACAAUAAUGCAGUUUUCAAUCGUUAAAUGCUGUAGCAGUUAAUUGGAAUAUGCAGAACAAUUUUUCUAAUUCACAUCCAAUUCAUCUCUCUUAAACCAGGACAAUAUUUAGAAAAUAACAGGUGUUUGAGAGGAAUGAUAAUGUUCUGUGCUCACUGUUUUGGUCACACAUAUCUAAUACUAUAUAUUUUUUUGUAAAUAGACCUGUUGUUGUGCAUUGAUUUGGGGAUUUUAUUUUUUUUUUCUUUUCAUUGACGUAGAUAUUCUAUUAUGUAUUAGUGCCUAAAUGUAGAAUGAAAUAAUGUUUCAGGAGGACAGAGCACUAGUGUUAAUUCAGCAGAUGGAAUUGGAAAUUCAUAGUUUCACUAGACAUGAGAUAUAUGAUUGAUUUAUAUAGUAAGUUAGAAAGCGAGGUAGCCUACAUUAUGGGUCACACACAGCCCAAUAUCCCUGCAUAUGUCACUAGACUACUGUGAGGGAAACAAAAAAUGAAAAAUUUUGUGGUUUGAAAGAAAAGAAAAAAAGCAGGGAGAGCUGUACCAAAUACUGACUGCCAAAAGAGCAUUUUCUCCAAUUCCAGUAUUAUUCUGCUCACAGUUCUCUUUCUUUUUUCUUUUUGUUUGUAACUCUUGAGCAAGAUUUUUUGGAAGCUGAGUUCAGAUGUUUUUCACUCAUUUUAGUUUCUGUGGAGUUUGUGGUUGUUUUGGAGACAGCUGGAAUUUAAAUGAAACAUAUUUCAUUCACUGAAUUCAUGUAAUGUCCCAUUGGUUUGGGACCGGUACAAAUCCUGUGUGAAUUCUUGAACAGUAUGUUUGUGAUUAAUAAAACUCACUUCUUAAAUUCA